GCCGGCGCCGCGGCGGAGGGGAGUGGAGUGGGCCCGGGGCCGGGCCCAGGCCCAGGCCCUCCCGGUGGCCGCGGGCACGCCAUGAGGGCGGUGCGGCUCCUCGGCCUCCUGCGGGGGCGCUGGGCCCCCACCGCUGUCCCGUGGGGGUGGGGGGCAGCCUCCGAGGGCGGCUCCGAGCGGUCCGGGCCGGCGCCGCUGCUGCUCCGGCCCCCGAGGCAGGGGCCGCUGCCGGGCUGGAGACCGUUCAGCUCGUCACGGGCGUCCUACAGGCUGCCCGGGAGCGAGCCGGGAGAGAGCGGUGCUGGCAGCUGCGCUGGAGCGGGCGGCGAGGAGGAGGAGGAGGAGGAGGAUGAUGAUGAUGAUGAUGAAGGCGUGGAGUUCGGGACGCUGUCUAAUAAAUUUUCUUCUAGAAAAUAUUAUCACAAAACCACAUCGCGCUUCCAGAAUUUAAAGCUGCAAGAGGAGGGAGAGGAAGAACCGGGAAGAAAACCUCGAUGCGGUCCGAAGAACACCCCGUACUGGUACUUCCUGAGAUGCAAGGCCCUCAUCAGAGAUGACAAGCUGGCGGAGGCUCUGGAGCUGUUUGAGGUGCAGAUGCUGAAGGAGGAGCGUGUGCAGCCGGAAGAAAGCAAUUACACUGUUCUAAUUGGCGGCUGUGGCAGGGUUGGCUACGUGAAAAAGGCAUUCAGGCUCUACAAUGAUAUGAAAAAACGAGGCUUAACUCCCACGGAGGCCACUUAUACAGCCCUGUUCAAUGCCUGUGCUGAGUCGCCGUGGAAGGACUCGGGCCUGCAGAGCGCUCUCAAAUUACGGCAGCAGCUAAAGAGCAAAAAUGAAGAGCUGAACCUGAUCACCUACCAUGCGCUGCUGAAGGUCUGUGCCCUCUGCUCGGAUCUCAGGAUGUGCUUUGAUGUACUGAAGGAAAUUGUGCAUAAGGGCCAUGUUCUCACAGCCGAGACCUUCAGCUUCCUUCUCAUGAGCUGCAUAAAGGACAGUGAAAAUGGCUUCCGAUAUGCCCUACAGGUCUGGAAACAAAUGACUAAACUUGGAAUAAAGGCUGACAGCCACACUUACAAUUUGAUGCUACGUGCUGCGAGAGACUGUGGAAUAGGCGAUCCAGUCGUGGCUUCUGAACUCCUGCUCAGACCCACCAACGAGAACUCCUCUCAGCAAAGGCUUGCACCCGGCAGACGGAAGGAAAAGGUAAAGAGUCAGAGGAAGAAGGGAUCAGAGAGUGCAGCUGCUGUCCAGCUGGAUGUGGAAGCUAUGGAAAAGCAGUUAUUUCAGGAGAGUUCGGUGCAGCCUGAAGAACUGAUCCAGCACCAAAAUAAAGAUGUAAAUCAGGCUGAAACGGAACCAGCUGCUCUCAACAGCCCCAGCAUAGCUCACAGCACAAGUGGAGCGCUGAUGAGGAGAGGCCAGAACAAGGUGGAGCAGCAACAAGAACACCUCAGCCAGAAGCUGCAUUUCUGCAACCUGCCCAACUUGCUGGAUUCCAGGAUGCCUGAUGCAGCUGUGGUUUCCUUGGGGACAGUGGCCACACCGUCUGAUAGACUGGCUUUGAUGGGGGACGUGGAAGGCUUCUUGAGUAAAAUGAAAGAGGACAAUGCAGAACCCAACAUUAAAACGUUUACAUUACUGGCUGAGCUGGCAGAACCCCAAAGCCCCUCAGAGUCCUCUCUGCUGGCACUCCUAGAUGAACAUAAAGUGAAAGUAGAUGUGACCUUCUUUAACACUUUAAUAAGGAAGAAAAGUAAACAGGGAGACCUGGAAGGAGCAAAGAGCGUGCUGCCAGCUCUAGUGAAGAGGGGACUAUCGCCUAACCUCCAGACGUUUUGUAACUUGGCAAUUGCUUGUAACAGAGAGAAGGAUGGAUUGCAGUUACUCUCAGAUUUGAAGGAGUCCUGCACUAGUCAGCAGAUAAACAAGUUUAACCGUAGCAUUUGUUGUUUCCAGAGGUGUGGAAUAACUCCCAACAAGUUUAUCUACAGCACCCUCAUUGCUGCUGCUGUGAGACAGCUGGAUUACAGUUACCUCACUGAGAUCCUGCGAGACAUGAGGAAUAACCAGGUGCCUCCCAAUGAAGUUAUCAUACGCCAGCUGGAGUUCGCUGCACAGUACCCUCCCAAAUUUGAUCGGUAUAAGUCAAAGAACCCGUACCUGGAGAAAAUUGAUGGCUUCCGCGGCUACUACUAUCGGUGGUUAAAAGUAAUGGCAGGAGAGGAGACCCCCCACCCCUGGGAAAAAUACAGAACAGUGAAACUUGCGGUAGAUGACAAUAAGGAAGAGGCUGCGCAGGAGCAGUCAGGGCAGAAGUAGCGGUGAGCAGGAUGCUGAAGUCCUGCAUCUUCCUUGUGCUGGAAGAACUUGGAACUCACUCCUUUAAACUGUCUCAUAGUAAGGCUGCUUCGUAUUUCCAUGAACCCCAGUUCUUGGGCUAACUACGUAAUAAAAUACUUGUCCAUUAUUUUAAGAAGCAAA